AGAGCGAGUGAAGACAUGCACUCUACCAAGUACCAGCUGGAAGAUGAGUCUGCCCAUUUGGAUGAAAUGCCACUAAUGAUGUCUGAAGAAGGCUUUGAGAAUGACGAGAGUGAUUACCACACUUUGCCACGUGCCAGGUCCAUGCGGAGAAGACGAGGGCUGGGGUGGUUCAUCUGUGGAGGGUGGAAGUUCCUCUGCACCAGCUCUAAUUGUACUCCCAUUCCAAAAGAUAGACAUGGAUCUAUAAAAUGCAAUUUAAUUACAUGUUGCUGCGAUUGGCUGAUAAAUGUUUGUCAGAGAAAGAGAGAGCUGAGAGCUCGCACUGUGUGGCUCGGACAUCCUGAGAAGUGUGAAGAAAAACAUCCCAGAAAUUCCAUCAAAAAUCAAAAAUACAAUGUCUUUACCUUUCUCCCUGGGGUUUUGUAUGAACAAUUCAAGUUUUUCUUGAAUCUAUAUUUUCUGGUAGUCUCCUGCUCCCAGUUUGUACCAGCAUUGAAAAUAGGCUAUCUCUACACCUACUGGGCUCCUCUGGGAUUUGUCUUGGCAGUUACUAUCAUGAGGGAAGCAAUGGAUGAAUUUCGGCGUUUUCAGCGAGACAAGGAAGUAAAUUCACAACUUUACAGCAAGCUCACAGUAAGAGGUAAAGUGCAAGUUCAGAGUUCAGACAUACAAGUUGGAGACCUCAUCAUAGUGGAAAAGAAUCAAAGAAUUCCAUCGGACAUGGUAUUUCUUAGGACUUCAGAAAAAGCAGGUUCAUGUUUUAUUCGAACGGAUCAACUAGAUGGCGAAACUGACUGGAAGCUGAGAGUGGCGGUGAGCUGCACGCAGAGGCUGCCAGCUCUGGGGGACCUGUUUUCCAUCAGUGCUUAUGUCCAUGCUCAGAAGCCACAGCUGGAUAUUCACAGCUUUGAAGGCACAUUUACCAGGGAAGACAGUGAUCCACCCAUUCAUGAGAGUCUCAGCAUAGAAAAUACAUUGUGGGCAAGCACGGUUGUUGCAUCAGGUACUGUAAUAGGUGUUGUCAUUUAUACUGGAAAAGAGACUCGAAGUGUAAUGAACACAUCCAAUCCAAAAAAUAAGGUUGGUUUGUUGGACCUUGAACUCAAUCAGCUGACCAAAGCGCUGUUUUUGGCAUUGGUUGCUCUCUCGGUUGUUAUGGUAACCUUACAAGGCUUUGUAGGCCCAUGGUACCGCAAUCUUUUUCGGUUCCUCCUCCUCUUUUCCUACAUCAUUCCCAUCAGUUUGCGUGUGAACUUGGACAUGGGUAAAGCAGCAUAUGGGUGGAUGAUGAUGAGGGAUGAGAACAUUCCCGGCACAGUCGUCCGGACCAGCACCAUCCCAGAGGAGCUGGGCCGCCUCGUGUACCUGCUGACGGAUAAGACAGGAACCCUCACUCAGAAUGAAAUGGUAUUUAAGCGGCUGCAUCUGGGCACUGUGUCCUAUGGGACAGACACAAUGGAUGAGAUCCAGAGCCACAUCAGGAGCUCCUACACACAGCUGCACUCUCAAGCUAGUGGAAACAAUACCAGUUCAACUCCACCAAGAAAAGCCCAGUCUUCAGGUCCCAAAGUUAGAAAGAGUGUGAGCAGCCGAGUUCACGAAGCAGUGACGGCCAUUGCGCUGUGCCACAACGUGACACCGGUAUACGAGUCUCGAGCUGGCGUGACCGGGGAGACUGAGUACGCAGAGGUGGACCAAGACUUCAGCGAUGAGAACCGCACCUAUCAGGCCUCCAGCCCCGAUGAGGUGGCUCUGGUGCAGUGGACGGAGAGCGUUGGCCUCACCCUGGUCAACAGAGACCUCACAUCCAUGCAGUUGAGGACGCCCGGCGGCCAGAUCCUGACCUACUGCGUCCUGCAGAUGUUCCCCUUCACGUCGGAGGGCAAGCGCAUGGGCAUCAUCGUCAGGGAUGAGUCCACGGCAGAAAUCACCUUCUACAUGAAAGGUGCUGAUGCUGUCAUGUCCACCAUCGUCCAGUAUAACGACUGGCUGGAGGAGGAGUGUGGAAACAUGGCCCGCGAAGGUCUGCGCACCCUCGUGGUCGCGAAGAGGGCGCUCACAGAGGAGCAGUACCAGGACUUUGAGAGCCGCUAUAUGCAGGCGAAGCUGAGUGUGCAUGACCGGGCGCUGAAGGUGGCUGCGGUGGUGGAGAGCCUGGAGCGGGAGAUGCAGCUGCUGUGCCUGACGGGGGUGGAGGACCGGCUGCAGGCAGACGUGCGGCCUACCCUGGAGAUGCUGCGCAACGCGGGAAUCAAGAUAUGGAUGCUAACAGGCGAUAAACUCGAGACAGCCACGUGCAUCGCCAAGAGCUCACACUUGGUGUCGAGAGCGCAAGACAUUCACGUCUUCAGACCUGUAGCCAGUCGAGGAGAGGCCCAUUUGGAGCUGAAUGCCUUUCGAAGGAAGCAUGACUGUGCGCUGGUCAUAUCUGGGGACUCCCUGGAGGUGUGCCUGCGGUACUAUGAGCAUGAACUUGUGGAGCUGGCCUGCCAGUGCCCGGCUGUGGUGUGCUGCCGCUGCUCACCCACCCAGAAGGCUCACAUUGUGAAACUCCUGCAGCAGCACACGCGCAAGCGCACCUGCGCCAUUGGUGACGGUGGAAACGACGUGAGCAUGAUCCAGGCCGCAGACUGUGGGAUUGGGAUUGAGGGGAAGGAGGGAAAGGCAGCCUCACUGGCAGCUGACUUCUCCAUCACGCAAUUCAAGCACAUUGGCCGGCUGCUCAUGGUGCACGGGCGGAGCAGCUACAAGAGGUCUGCGGCACUCGGCCAGUUCGUCAUGCACAGGGGCCUCAUCAUCUCCACCAUGCAGGCUGUGUUCUCCUCCGUCUGCUACUUCGCGUCCGUCCCCCUGUACCAGGGGUUCCUCAUGGUGGGGUACGCGACCAUCUACACCAUGUUCCCAGUGUUCUCACUGGUGCUGGACCAGGAUGUGAAACCGGACAUGGCCAUGCUGUACCCAGAGCUCUACAAGGACCUCACCAAGGGCCGGUCCUUGUCCUUUAAGACAUUCCUCGUCUGGGUGUUAAUCAGCAUUUACCAAGGCGGCAUUCUCAUGUACGGGGCGCUGGUGCUUUUUGAGUCGGAGUUUGUCCACGUCGUGGCCAUCUCGUUCACGGCCCUCAUCCUCACGGAGCUGCUGAUGGUGGCACUGACGGUCCGCACGUGGCACUGGCUGAUGGUCGUGGCCGAGUUCCUCAGCCUCGGCUGCUACGUGGCCUCUCUGGCUUUUCUAAAUGAGUAUUUUGACCUUGCCUUUAUCACAACCAUGACCUUCCUGUGGAAGGUGUCGGCCAUCACCGUGGUCAGCUGCCUCCCGCUCUACGUCCUCAAGUACUUGAAGCGCAAGCUCUCCCCGCCCAGCUACUCCAAGCUGACCUCCUAGCACAAGCGCCUCUGGCACCGUGGGCUCCGUGGAUACAGGUGUGCGGUGGCUGCUGGGACAGGAGGACGAGCACGGAGCCCAAGGAGCUCCCCGAGCGCAGGGGCUGCUGCAGGAGGCACCUCCCAUGCAAGGCAGCACCCGUUCCUUUUUCAUACCGGACUGGCCCCCGCUUCUAUGGCAAAUGAGCUGUACUUAUUUCACUAUUACUGUAAAGCAUUCAUCUUACUCUGGUUUCUGAGAAUUAAAACAAAAGCUUAUUUAAUACUCGGCAGUUUCCAAACAUUCAAGCGCUUUCUUUGAUGUUACAGCAGAAAGUCAUUCCUACUUAACUAGAAUAAACCCAGGCGCUGAAACGCG